GACUAACCUCACCUCAUCUUAUAGUGAACACAAGCACAGACUUUGCAAGUACGCCUCUGAUGGCAGUUGCAAAUUUCAAGUGCCUUCAACCUCCAAAAGUUUCUUCUGGAGACCGCCUCUUCUGUUCUGAUGGUUGGUUCUGUUCCAUCGGAGGAUUCCGUUUGCACAAACCCACCAACAGAUGCUACCUUAUUAGAAAAUCUGAUCAAGACUUUUGCAUUGAAUCUAAGGUACUUCCCCUGACACUGCGGUUGGGCACAUUGACCUUUAAGCCUUGUAAGUGGGAAUUGGAAGGAAGCUCAUUAGAGAUGCCAAGUGAUGAGAGGGAGGCAAAAAUGCCGAGUGGUGAAAGGGAGGAGCCAUUUUUGUUGAGUGGCAUGAAGGCAUGA